AUGCCUGCCUUGCCCUCGCCUUUCGCCAAAGGGGGAUGCAUCGUGUCAAGGCCAGUAGGGCCGGCCGGUCCUACAAGGCCGGUGAAGUCGUCUUCGGGAAAGCUUGAGUCACUCAGGCUUGCAGGAGUGAAGGUUCCGAGUGUGCCGGGACAAAGCUGGGAUCAGAAACUCUCCGAGGCGAGGGAAGCAGCUUUGGCAAAGUGGCUAGGGAUUCUUGAAAGGUUCCCUGACGAUUUUGGUCUUUCUCUGUCGAUUCGGUUAGAUAAGGAGAACGGGCGAGACUCUGACUUGAAGUCUUCCUUGCAAGAUGUGUUUUCUCAGAAGGCGAGCGUCACGAUCUCGGGUCGUGCUGGGCCUCUUGCCAGGUACAUCAAGCACUGCCGAAGUUGCCAGGUCAUGCCUUUCCCUGUCACUGAAGCAGGGAUCUAUGCUUUCCUACAGGAUUAUGCAUCUCACGAGGCGCCCACUUUCGCCAGGAGUUUCUUGAGCAGCCUCGCUUUUGCAAAGUUCACUGUAAGCUUGAAGGUGAGUGAUGAAGUCUUCAGCCCCAGGGUCCGUGGACUGUCGUCGAAGCUGUAUCUUGAAAAGAGGAAGACUCGGCAAAAGCCGUCGCUCAAAGUUGAUCAUGUGCGCAAGUUGGAGGCCAUCGCUUCCGGCUCAAUCGUGCUCGAACCUUCAGACCGGGUCGCUGCUGGCUUCUUCGUGUGGACCUUGUAUGCACGAGCGAGGUACUCGGAUGCCCAAGCUGCGGGUGCAAUGACUUGCGACUUAAGCGAUACGCCAGACGGCACAGUUGGAUACCUGGAGUCCGCUGUUGAGCGAAGCAAGACUUCGUUCGUUCUCACUGGAAAGAAAGGUCAGGUAUUUGCACAUGUUUGCUCCCAUCCAAGGAAUAGGGUGGCAAACGUCGCCGUUGGCGGUGGCGAGUGCCACGAAAUGGAUGAAGUGAGAGCGGCCCUAGGCUAUCACGCCAGGGGCCGUGAUGGAACCGAGCUCAUCUAUGGGAGAGACAACAUGUCUGCUCCUGUGCGCCAGCUGCAAGGGGUUCUGCUCGAAGUGUCGCGCGAAAGGUUCAUGCCGGACGCCACCAGGUCCGGUUACUUCGUGAAGCGCUUUGAAGAUCCGGAGGGGAUGCCCAUUCCUCCUGACGAGGUUCUGUCGGAUUCUUCUUCCGAGGCCAGCGAGGAUGCCGAGGAUGUCGAUCAUGUAGCUGCGGAGGCGGCCACCGACGAGUUGGGAAGGCAAUGGGAGCCCGAUGCAGGCUUGCGUGCCGAGCUUGAAGCAGUCCCUUUGUUCAGGAACAGGGAUAGCCGUUUCACUCAUGCUGUCGCGUCCGAAGAAGGCGACACGUUCAGAUGUGGGAGAAACAUCUCGACCAGGUAUGAAAGGUUGUCCUCCAUGGCGAACUACUCUGAGAGUCAAUCGGUUCUGCAGUCACGAUUGAGUGUCGUGGGUUUCGCGGAAGCUGACGUUCAGAAAAUUCUGCCAGAGGUGGGAAACUUGAGGAGGCUGGCUUUCAUUUCUUCUUUCACACCUGGUCAGACUGACGAGGAGCCGUUGAUGCAGGUGUUAAAAGACAUCUUGAAGCGAGACCUGACAAUUGCAGACAAGGCGAAUUGGCGUGCGGUUUACAAUGAGGCUUUUGCCAUUGUGACCGCGGAAAUGAAGCAGAGGAUUGAGAAGGCCGACCCAGAGUCGACCGUCAGGCCUUUGUCUCAGCCUGAGAGGUCGGAGCGGUACGAGCGGCAGGCCAAGAAGCUUGUCGGGAUAUCACUUAAAGGGCCUCUGGAGCCUGCCGAUGCACUUGUUGAUCUUUCUGUGGCUUCCUAUGAGGCAAAUGAGCUGAGGUACAUUCCGUGGGACCGGUGUGUGUCUAAGGAAGCUGAAUUGGCUGGCGAGAAGAAACGUGAUGUCAGGUUCACUGUUGAGGAGUCUUCGGGCAAGCUUCGGAUCGAGCAUAAACAGCCUGAUCUGGUUGCGGAUACCUCUUCAGAGAUUCUUGUUCAGCAGGCUCUCACCAGGAGAGCUUUGGCCAUGGAUCAGGCGAACCUGAUCGAGUUCAGUGUUGCUGAUCAAUGGACUCAACGCUUGAUGAAGGCUCGCAUGCAAUCGCCUGCGGAGCAUUUUGCCAGGCCCACUUGGAAGCAGCUUGAGUCGGCGGACCGGCAGCUGUUUGCCGAGCUACGUGACAAGACCAGGGCAGGUGUGCAGACUGUCGCAUCGGGUCGCCCGUUGGACUCACUCCUGCCCGAUGCGAUGUACAUGAACGAGGUGUCAUGCCUAUUGCAGCCUUUUCCGGCCCCUUCCAUGAAGGACGCUCCCCAGAAGCCGGAUGCUCCCAAGUGGGAGAGGCCUUCUCCUUACACCAAAGGUGGGGGCAAAGGAAAGAAAGGUAAGCAGAGGUUCAUGACAAGGUUGCCCGCCGGCUUGGAAGGCUGCAGGUCCCACACUAAUCGUGGGGACCCAAUCUGCUUUGCCUUCAACCUGGGUGGCUGCUCGACGAAGGGGCAGAAGUGCGAGAAAGGCUUGCACAUCUGUGCAGGUGCCUCGCUGAUGGCCGGUGCUCCAGAGAGUGUGCAUCAGCCGGCAGCGGAGGCCUCGCACGAUAAUGAUCUCCGAGAGGGAGUUCAUCGGCCGAAAGAUGCAUGCACGGGUGGCUGUCCAACGAAAGGUGUGGAUUGUCGCCCAACUCCGAGUGUUGAUCGAGAGGAUCAUCACGAGCACAACGUUGGCUCGUACAGUGCCAUCGCUAGGCCCUCGCCGAGUGUGGUGGAGGCCGCACGCAGCAGGUCCCCGAAGCACCGUGAUGGGGCGGGGCCACAGAGCGGCAAAGAGAGUUCUUCACUUGACGAGGGUCAUGUGAGUGCCGCUGAUGUCCUUCGAGUUUUCGAUGGUCUUCCUUCAGAUGACUUGAAGAGGGGUGCCAGUGCGCCUCUCCCAACUUCAAAGUCUUAUGCCACAGGAGCGUAUGUUCUUGGGGGCAAUGUGGGUUUGAAGGCUAAUGCCUCAACUAGCCCAGAAGCGCUCGACAUCUUUGCAAGGUUUGUGAGGCAGAGCGUUCCGGGGUUCAAAUUUUCUUCAAUAAAUAUAUUCGAGGAUGUUCGCGCUGAGCGUCACCGCGAUCAGUGGAAUGCAAAUUUGCAUAACCUGGCGAUUGCCAUAACAGAAUGUUCAGGUGGUGCCAUCUUUGUAGAGCACGAAGAUGGCCGGGAUGUUUCGUCCCUCAAUGGUGCCCAGGGUUCUCGCCUGGCUGUUGCAGAGGGCCCCGUGCGAUUCAAUGCAAGGCAUUAUUGGCACUACACUGAGGCUUGGCAAGGCCGGAGGGUCGUGCUGAUAGCAUACACAAUCCGCCAUGUUGAAUCGCUGAGCAAGGAACAUCUUGAUUUUCUCCGGAGGUGCAAUGUUGAUGUUCCGACAUGCGCGCCUGAGAGCGCGCGUUUGGCGCCUGCCCAGGUGUGUGGUCGUCAGCGGCCUUCCUCACCCUCCAAUGGAGCUGAGGUGUCGCUUAGGCCUUUGCCCGCUUCGGUUAUGCCCACCGUUAGCCCUAAGGAACCUAAUAGCGGCCCUGGUAGUCCUUUAAAGCCUGGUUCUGCUCUCUAUGUUGAAAUAAAGUGUGGUUCCGGUUUGCUAGCUGCUCGUGUGCGGCGAGAUGGAUUCCAAGUCAUGGCGCUUGAACACUCGCGCCCUGCUGGGCGCGUGCACAUCCACCUGGUCCCGGUGGACAUCGAAACUGAAUCGGGUUUCUCCUUUGCGCAGACUGUCAUUGGCCAAGACGCCCCUUUUCAUGUGCAUUUCUUCCCGGCGACUAAGGAUUGUUUUAAGGCCUCUUUCAACGCAGUGCAAACCCUCCGCCUCGCCAAGCUCUUGCUCGCGUCUGACUUGCAUUGGAGUAUCUUGCAUCCCCUGGCGUCGGCCCUGUGGGGCCAGCUGGACUUGCCCGAUGCGGUGCACUGCCUCGAAUUUUGUGCCGGCUGCUACGGGGCUCUCAGCCCGGUAAAGAUGCGCAUGUGUACAACCCAGCCCGCGCUGGCAGGCAUGCCCAUACCAGUGUGCCGCUGUCGCCAAAUGCCCCAUGUUGCGGGCUCGCUUGCGCCAGAUUCCUUGUACACACCGAAAUUCUGUGAUGUUUUCGCUGGCCUCUUGCAGCUGUCGGUAGGCCAUGCCGGCCUCUUACUUGAACACGCUGUUCCGCUGCAAUGCUCGCGUCAUUCUGCAGCCGCUGCCGCGGGGCGACAGCCUCGAUUGUCAAAAUUCCAGCCACAGAUCGCCGAAUUUAAGUGCCAAGCCACGGUCCGUGAAUUCCCGUGGCCUCUUCCAUUGGAUGAUAAAGGUAAUCUUAAAUGUGCCAUAGGGUCAAUCCCUCCUGGCUCCCGCCUUCUUCGCAUUGUGUGUGAUCGGGGGGUUGUCGGUGCGAAGCAGGUCGGAAGCCUGUCAGGUGUGCCUUCGUCAGUUACUUUUGGCAUCUACCGCACAGAACAUGAGUUUGUGGCGCAGGCUUUGCAUAUCGAUCAUCCCUUCGACUUGUGCGUGGCAGUCCCGGACUUCAUGCUGAGAGCCUUGGCUUUUACCUUGAAAGAGGGUCCGGUUGGCGUGAUGAAACACCGUCUGAAUCUGCUCCAGCAGUGGACUUCUUGGAAGCGUGAGCUGUCAAGUGCCGAAGCCGAGCUUCAUGCUGCCAUGGAUCCUGGUGUGGCAUCUGUGAUGAAAGGCAAGAAUAUUUUGCUUCUGGAAAAGAUCGCAUCAACUUUCGGUUGGCCUGACACGGAAGUGUUUGAACACCUUAAGCAUGGUUUUCCUUUGGUCGGGGAGUCGAGCCCUUCCGGCAUUUUCGAUGUAGAUAGAAAGCCGGCUCUGAUGACGCGUGCAGAGCUUGUGCAGCAUGCCAAGUUUCUUAAGCCGGCGCUGUGGGCGAAGGUGGCGAGCGCAGAGGUGGAUGAUCUGGCUCGGGAGGUGUGGGAUUCCACACAACAAGAGAUGCUAGUCAAGGAGUGGCUGACGGGGCCUUACUCGUGGGACGAGCUGCAAGCCCGUCACCCCGAAGGAUGGCUUCCAGUGCGGAGGUUCGGCAUUGUGCAAAAGGCCAAGAUGCGAUCGAUCGAUGACUUGGCCGAGAACUCGGUCAACCGCGCUUAUGCUGUCUCCGACCGGAUUGCUCUGAGAGCCCUUGAUGAAUUGGUGUGGCUUGCGAUCACCCUUUUCAAGAUCUUCAUGGCGAAAGGCGAGGUGAGCAUUCCUUUGUCGGACGGUGAACAUCUUCGCUUUCCUGUGCAUUCCUUCUGGAGAGCCCUGAAGCCCGAGGCGCUUCAACCGAGCUUGAAAACAGUGGAUUUGAAAAGUGCUUAUAAACAGUUGGCGGUCUCGCCACGAGAUCGUUGUCUGAGCAUAGUGACCAUCAAGGACCCGGUUUCGGGCCUUCCCUUCGGCUUCGAGAGCCGAACUCUUUUGUUUGGAGCCACCUCGUCGGUGGUUUCGUUCAACCGCGUUGCAAGAUUGAUCCAGAGGGUUCUGAUCACGUUGCAGGUGCUGGCUUGCAACUACUUUGAUGAUUGCCCAGUGUUGGAGGUCUUGCCACUCUGCAACAACACGCAGUCGACCAUCAAAGCUGCUUUGGAUCUGCUGGGCUUCUCAUGGGCAGAGGAUAAGGACCUUCCUUUCAGCCAUGAAGCCGAGCUACAGGGCGUUAGGGUUGACCUAGGCACUUUCGGGGUCGUUAAGAUUGGGAACAAGCCUGAUCGUGCUGCUUCCAUUGCCGCCGCGAUGGACUCCGUCUUGAGCGAGGGCCGUCUUGAUCCGAAGACUCUGCCUUUUUUGUUCGGUCGCAUCCAGUUUGCUGAAGGUCAGUUGCACGGGCGGCUGGGAAGAUUAGCCCUGGCCGACCUCAGAGCGUGCACGAUGAGCUCUCAGGCUCAGGCCCUCGAUGCCACAGCUGUGCAGGCCCUUCGCCAUCUUAGGACCCGGGUUCUUGGGGGUACCCCUAGGAUAGUCCCGGCCUGUGUGGGGUCUCGCCGUUCUGUGAUUUUCACUGAUGGCGCUUACGAGCCGACGAAUGGUUCUUACCCUGCUACUGUCGGAGGAGUCUUGUACCAUUACGACAACGGAGCGUGGUGCACUUCCUACUUUGCAUGUGCUAUCCCUUUGAGCGUUGUACAGAGCUGGGAGGCUCUCGGGAAAAGGCAUUUGAUAGGCCCAGUUGAGAUGUACGCAGUUGUAUGUGCGAGAGAAGCCUGGUCGAAGCACUUGAACAUGCAAAGGGUGACCAUGUAUGUGGAUCACUCCGGAGUGUUGGCCUCCUUGGUGAAAGGCUCUUCUAAAGACCCUUUAUGGAGGCAGCUCUUGCUGAUCUUUGAGAGUUGCGACGCUGAGGCGAUGCUCCCUUGGUUUAGCCGCGUUCCAAGUGCAAGCAAUCCGGCCGAUCCUCCUUCACGUGCCAAGGCGAUCUUUCCAGUCAGGGGGCAAGUGUGCAGAGUGUCGCCUCGAUGCCCGAUCAAUGGCAAUGCCACGAUUGAUCUCCUUCUUAAGUGA